GCAACUUCUUAGGAAGAAACACAAAACCUUCUUUCAAGUGUUCUUCCUCUUUUCUCAACACUUUCCCCUCACAGGAAAAAAAAAACCAAAAAAUGGCCACUGAAAAAUCAAAUUCCUAUGAGAAUUUUAAACACUACAUUGCUAUGAUAUGCUUACAAUUUGGUUAUGCUGGUAUGAAUAUUAUCACUAAGGUUUCCCUUAACCAAGGCAUGAGUCACUACGUCCUCGUCGUUUAUCGCCACGCUUUCGCAACCGCUUCUAUAGCUCCAUUUGCACUUAUGUUUGAAAGGAAAGGUCAACCUAAGAUAACAUUCAGAAUUUUCAUCCAAAUUUUCAUCCUAGCUCUUCUUGGGCCAGUGAUUGAUCAAAAUUUCUAUUAUGCUGGGUUGAAACUCACAUCUCCAACUUUCUCUUGCGCAAUGAGCAACGUGCUUCCAGCCAUGACCUUUGUCAUGGCAGUUUUAUGCAGGAUGGAGAAGAUAAACAUAAAGCAAGUUCGAUGCCAAGCAAAGAUAUUCGGAACGAUAAUGACAGUGGCAGGUGCAAUGCUAAUGACAUUAUACAAAGGACCAAUAGUGGAGAUGAUAUGGGCCAAACAUAAACAUCCUCAAAAUGAAACACAUGAAACAACCACCACAGGUUCUUCAGAAAGAGAUUGGAUAUUAGGUUGCACUUUCCUUAUCAUUGCCACUUUUGCUUGGGCUUGUCUCUUUGUUUUGCAAGCAAAAGUUAUUGAAACGUAUAAGCAUCAUCAACUGAGUCUCACUUCACUUAUGUGUUUCAUUGGUACUCUUCAAGCUAUUGCUGUUACCUUUGUGGCUGAGCAUAAUCUUUCUGUAUGGAGGAUUGGUUGGGAUAUGAGUUUACUUGCUGCUGCCUAUGCUGGAAUUGUGACCUCAAGCUUAGCAUACUUUGUGCAAGGGCUGGUGAUUAGGAAGAAAGGGCCUGUAUUUGCAACUGCCUUUAGUCCACUUAUGAUGAUCAUUGUUGCAGUCAUGGGAUCCUUUAUCCUUGCAGAACAGAUAUAUUUUGGAGGUGUGAUUGGGGCCAUCUUGAUUGUUAUAGGUUUAUACUCUGUUCUAUGGGGAAAGCAUAAGGAAGAAACAGAAAGAAAAAUAGAAAAUGAUAUUCCUUUGCCUAUAAAAGGUGUUCAAAUUGGUGGAACUUCGGGGCCAGUGAUUGCUGACAUAGAUCAAGUGAAAAAUGGUCAAGUUGGAGAUACUAACAACAUGCUUUCGUCACUUGCAAUAACCAUGCCUACUAAAGUGCCUGCUACUAAUAAUAAUGUUAACCAACAAUAAAUUGCUUGAGAAAUAUGGAUUAUGAUUAGGAAUGUCAUUAACUUCGCACAAAUUUGGAAUCACGGUAUGUUUGACGGAGUCAUGAUAACCUGUGUUCUUGUUGAAACUCUUAUGUAUGGUUUUUACAAAAUUAUGAUGAUUCACUGAUACUCGCUAUGAAUCCAGACAUGCACUUCAUCCCCCAUUUUGUCCCUUUUAGCAAAUUUUCCUUCCCCGUCCCGUUGUAUUUGAGCAAAUAUAUAAUUUUGUAACAAAAUUCCAACUAAUCCAUGUAGAAAAGGGAAUCAUAAAACUUUUCUAUCUCUAUCUA